GUGCAUCGCUUCAGUGCCCAGACUCCACUCGUAGACAACAACGCAGCAGCCGGACCGCGGGACAACCAUGGCGCUGGUGACUGGGAGCUGGGUGCUGGACGGCCUGCUCGUGCUGUUGCCGCUGCUCUACUGGUACACGACGCGCCACUACUCUCUCUGGAGGAAGCUCGGGGUGCCCUACAUGAAGCCGACGCUGGUCGUCGGCAACAUGGGCGGCGUCGUGACGGGCCGCCAGCACAUGGGGGAGCCCAUAUACGAGUGCUACCUGCGGGCAGGGGACGAGCCCUUCAUGGGAAUGUUCGCCUUCGAUCAGCCGCUCCUGAUGGUCAAGGACCCCGAGCUCGUGGGCCGUGUCUUGGCCUCAGAUUUUUCCUCCUUCUACCGGCUGAAUUUUACCAUACCGGAAUCAGAGGAAUCUGUGGGUGGACGGUCAAUCUUCUCCACCAAUGGUCCAAGGUGGAAGAUGUUGCGUAAUGUGUUGACACCAGGUUUCACUUCCGGCAAGAUGAAGCGCAUGUUCCACCUGGUCGAAGAGUGUGGACAGGAAUUGGUAGAGCACCUGACAGCUGCUACGAAAAAAGACAGCAACGUGGAUGUGCACGACCUGAUGGUGUGCUACACGACAGACGUGGUUUGUUCCACGUUUCUGGGCGUGAAGGGCGGCGCCCUGCAGGACCCUAAGGCUCCCAUACGGCAGAGCCUAACUAGGAUGCUUCGAGACGACUUGGUGGGCCGUCUGGCCCAGUCUAUGAGCUUCCUGGCGCCCAAGGUGUUCGAGAAACUGAACGUCAACAUCUUCAAUAAGGAACUCGAGGAUUUCCUUUCCAAGACCACUCAAGAGACAAUGGACUACCGCAAGAAAAACGGCGUUGUGCGAGAAGACAGCAUCGACCUGCUGAUGCGCGUCCUUGACGAGUCGAAGCGCAUGGUGGACGAGACUGGUCAGGAAUUCAAAUUCGACCAGAGGGACGUUGUGGCGCAGGUGCUGAGCUUCCUAUCGGCUGGCUUCGAGACCUCCGCCUCGACCAUGAUGUUCACACUGUACGAGCUGGCCCUGAACCAGGAACUGCAGCAACGCAUCCGUCAGCAGGUGAAGGAGGUGGCCGCCAAGCAUGGCGGCAUCACGUAUGAAGCGGUCGCGGAGAUGACCGACCUCAUAAACACCGUCAACGAGGCCCUCCGCAUGUACCCCGUGGUCAACUUCCUGGACCGGCGCUCGACGCGUGACUACCAGAUCCCCGGCACGUCCGUGGUGCUGCCCAAGGACACUGGGGUGGUGGUCUCGGUGCUGGGCCUGCACUACGACCCCAAGUACUGGCAGCAGCCGCACCGCUUCAUGCCCGACAGGUUCAGCGAGGAGAACUCCAAGGGGCGGCCCAAUUACACCUACAUGCCCUUUGGCGACGGGCCCAGGCAGUGCAUCGGGAUGAGGGCUGGUCAGAUGCAGGUGCGUCUCGGCCUGGCGCACAUCCUCAGCAACUUCGUCGUCGGCCCCACGGCGUACACGCCAGUCCCGCUGCCUCUGGACCCCAGGAACUUCAUCCGAAGACCAGAAGGGUCGCUGGUGCUCAGCUUCCAACCUCUGGCGGCGCAGUGACACGUCGUGUGUAGCCAGUGUUCCACGUGCAGCACCUGCAAAAAUGGACCGCCACUGUGACAGCUCACACGCCUGCCUUGCUUCAAAUGUUUUCAGUUCGUUCUACUUACUACUGUCAUGGAUCGGUGGCCUGAAAGGAGCACUAAGGAAGUGCGAGGAACGUCCAGAAAUCCUUCUCAUUGCAGCCAGGAAUUUACUUACAUACUUCUUAUCGAAGUCACAUGUCCUGCUUCGUCAGUAACUAAUGAAAUUAUCCUCGUAGAACGUAUGCAUAUUCAGAACAUUAGUUAUGCCUGAGUGUUACACGUAUCUACUGCAACAGGUAAAUGUGUCUAGGAACUAUGUGGCUGUAGCACAGUUUCAGUAUAUCUGUUCUUUCCUUAGGCAGGCUGAAUGUCUUGUGUGUGCAUGUGUAUAAGUCAUGUACUCAUGCUGCUAGAUUUCUUUCUUUCUUUAUUAUAUAAGAUGUCCUACACAGUGCGGGCACUCUUAGUAUUUCACAGUAUUAGUAAUCGUUGCUAGCGCAGUCCAGUUACAAUGGCACUGCUGUGUAAAUAUUACAUCAUAGGGCAGAGUUUAGGACUAUAAAUUGAGCGUAAGUCCCAUUUUUUCUCUGAACCGUUUCAUUGCACUGUAUCGCCUUUCAAGAGCUCUCGAAUGUCGUUAACUAAUUCUGUUUUUAGAACAGAAUGUAACAGUAUUAACGACGCAACAAAAUACUCGUUCCUCUGUGUACCAUCAAGUUCCAGAAACUUUGUGUUGAUAACUUGAUUUGUUCAUGUAGUAUAUAGUUCGUAUUUCUUGAACACUCUGUGCAUAUGAGACUGCUGACAAUUAAAUUUUUGCCUAUGUUUAUCUCUCUACGAAGCUCUUGUAAAUAGCAAGCAUUGUAAAAUAUAUUUGAUCAGUCAAGUAGCAUAAAUAGUUUGUUGUGAAGAACUUACAACCCUUUCCACCGAUUCCACUUUCCAGUAUGUUAAUGAUGGUAGAGAGUUUUGGAGGCAGUCUUCUAAUACUCUUAAUAGGAGAAUCUUGUUACAAAAUGGGACACUCAUACUUCAUACCUAUAUACAUCAGCUAAAUGCAUUUUUGUGGUCGACAUGGAAUACUGUAUACGUAGCUAUAAUCAAUCACAGCAUAAUAAGUGAAAUAACAAAAUAAUGUUUUUU